UAGAUAGAAGAGAUCUAGAUCUAUCACUUAUCAGUUCAGCCGGUAUUCUCCAUCAUAAUUAACUUUAAAACUUAAUCUUAAAACUACUUUAAAGUAGUUUUGCAUAUCAACAUUUAGAAAAAACUAAAUACAAUGUUACAACCACUUAUUCACAUCCUGAAUUCACAAAGAAAUAUUUUAGCUAGUGGAUCACCGAGAAGAAAACAAAUACUAUUGGAAAAUGUGGGACUUAAAUUUGAAGUCAUAGCAUCUACAUUUGAGGAGAAUUUAGACAAAUCUAAAUACACACCCCAAGAAUAUGUGUUAGAAAAUGCCAAACUUAAAACACUUGAAGUGGCAGAGCGACUAGGAACAAACGAGCCAUUGCCUGAUUUGAUUAUUGGUUGUGAUACAGUAGUUUACCAAGACAACCAAAUCAUAGAGAAGCCCAGGGAUAAAGAUGAUGCUUUCAGGAUAUUGAGCCAAUUAAGUGGUAAAACUCAUUCAGUGUAUUCAGGUCUGACUUUGUUUUUUCCAGAACAUUCUGCAGUUCUCAAGUCAGGGACACCAGUUCUAAACUCCAAAUACCGCUACACAGGUUUUGUGGAAAAAACUGAUGUUUAUUUUGCACAACUAAGUAAAGAAGUCAUAGAAGGUUAUAUAGCUACUGGGGAACCCAUGGAUAAGGCUGGUGGUUAUGGCAUACAAGCCCUUGGUGGGACAUUUGUGGAGAAAAUUCAUGGAGACAACUUCAAUGUUAUGGGCUUCCCCUUGCCACGUUUUGCUAAAGAAUUGUCAAAUAUUUAUUUAUUAAAGUAACUCUGUCAAAGUACACAUUAUUAGCUAUUGUUCUUAAAUCUGGAAAUUUUAA